CCUCCCAAAGUGCUGGGAUUACAGGCAUGACCCACCAUGCCUAACCUGUUGCAUGAUUUUCUCCAGCUGAGUUCAGCUACCUCAGGUUGGAUGUGCAGAAGAGACAGGUUGUUGGAUUGAGUCAGGAUGGGAGCUUCUGAAAAAGAAAUGCACAGGGAUAAAGAGGACCUUAUAUGCAUUGGUGCCUUUGCCUUAUUAAUUCCUCAAACAAUUUUAAAAGACAAACACAAUUAUUGAUAGUUUAAAGAGUUGUUAAAUGGGGCCACUAGAGUCUUGAUAAUGCCUCACAAACAUUCUGGUCCCAACACUGUAUACAGUCAGUUAAUAGUUUAACACAUACUUUUUCAUUAUUUCCACCAAAAAUAUUAUAUUGAGUCACUCAGUGAAUUCUUUGGAUAAGAACAUUUCUUGUAAGUUUUACAUAAAACUGAAAAGUAAAGUGGUUUUGGUGAGUAGGUCUCAUUUUACAGUAAACAUCAAAUCUAUGGAAAAUCUAGAAGCAGAAACCCAGAUAACUAUGAUCACCAAUCUUUGGUUUUCAGCACGGUGUCACAGCCUUUUGCUCUCUUUCUCUGUUGACUGAGAUUCAAUUAAAAAAAAAAAAAAAAAAAAAAAAAGACUUUGGAAAAGGUUGAUAGUCCUAUGCAAGUCAGUAUAUUAUGGCCACAUUUCCAAAAGGCGGAUGCCAAACUCUUUGGGGUUGUGAUAUACCCAGAUGGUCUCCCUUUUUUUUGCGUUUCUGCAAAUGUUAUUACCAAAUACAACAAUUUUUCCUCCAAAGUCAUUAGAGCCCAUUUGGCACCUUCUCUAAUCUGUCCUACUUGUUACCUUUUAAUUACUCUGUGAGGGGAUCUAGUUGUCUUGUUGUUGCUGAGGGCCAAAUGACCAAGGGGUUAAUGCUUUUUCUGUCCCUGGCCAAUUGGUUUUUAGUCAGUAGUUAUUUAUGGGGAAGUCCAGGGACCAUUAGUUCUCAAGUAUGUGCAGCUGUACUCCUCACAAUUACUCGUCCAUAAGCAAAUGUGGACUUACUUUUUGUGUAUGGUUGUUUUUUUUUCCCCUGAUUGGUUAGACAAUCUGUUGCCAUUUAUGAAUGAUUCUUGUUGAUGCAAAACAUGGCAUUGGAUUCUGUUUUAUUAUUUGGAUUCCAUGUUUCAUAGGGUGCUGUAAUCUUGAUUCAGACAAGGCACGAGGGUAUGUACCUCCUGUCACUAGUGACAAAUUGCUCCUGUGUAGCAAAAUGUGAAAUCUCGCCCACCGCAUGUUAGCUGCACCAUUCUCGCGAAAUCAGCAUAGGUGCUGAUGAUCCUCAUUGUGAAAUCACUGACUGGUUGGCCUUGGCCUUUCUUCCUCAUGCUCUGUUCUUUUGGACAUAAGGUAGAGAUUACUAUUAAUGGUUCUUUCAGUUCCUAGGAGCUCCUCCCUCUGUGCUGUCUUACUGUGAUUUUUUUUUCUGCCCCCAUUGAAUGGUAGUCUUUGAUGUCACACAAGAGAAUACUGUUGGCUAACAGUCUGGAGGCUGCUUCAUUUGAGCUAACCACCACAUGAAAACAAAUGUGAUCCAUCAUAUUUCAUUAACUAGCUGUCCUCCUUUUGGGUGCCCUUUUUUGAUGUCAGAGUUGCAUCCUGACAGGAAUCAGAAAGAUACGUGUGAUUAAGAACAGUAAUAAUGCUUAUUGCAUUGUAUUGUAAAUUACCUUCCUGGGCCCUGCUACUUUACCAGCCCCACUGGCAUUGGCUCCCGUACAUUUUUGACUACUCAGUAUAUACAGUGUAUUAGCGCAAUGGAGAUCAUUAUGUGGCCUGUAUUUGAGUCAUUUUUAUUUAAGAUGCCAAACAAUAAGCUGUUGAUUGGGGGAACAAGAGGCGAACAAUAAUGUUCUGUGUCACAUAAUACACCACCAUUUUCCAGCUUUGCUUUAGAAGGGCCCUCUUUAUUGUUUUUGUAUAAAAAUGGUUCUUAGGAGGAGGAAUAUUUUGCUGAGGUAUGUCAUUAUUUUGCAAAUUUCUAUUAUCUCAUCAUGUUGUCUUCAUUGUAAAUUGCAGCUAAUUAGGAACCUAGUUAGAGCCCCAGCUUUGAGGCUGGCUUUUUUGUGAAAAGAGCCCACCGAUUACCGCACUACAAGAGAGGAAGGGAGAGAAAAAGGAGAUUAAUCUGGUUACCUAGGCGACACUCGCUUCCAUCUGCGAGGAACAAUACAUUUUUGUUUCCUUGGCUCAGUUCAGAUCUGUUUUGUUUAGAGGGGGAAAAAAGGGAGAGAGAGAAAGAGAGAGAGAGAGACAGAAAGAGAAAGAGAGAGAGAGGGAAAGAGAGAACCUAGCUCCACAGCAAUGAUGAAAUCUGCCUAGCCCAGGCUUAUGUGCUUGAUUCCUCUACAAGUUAGGGGUCUCUGGUGAGUGAGAACAUGAAAGAGAUAAGCUCCAAAGUUGUCAAAGGUCAUGACCUUGCCACACAAAGCCAGCAGUUUUACCUCUAAAUCCCCUUCUCCCAAAAAGCACUUAAUGAAAUAAUAUACUGUGCUUCUCAACACGCUGUAGUCUAUAUUAGGAACAAGGCCCCCAGAUUGUGAAUUUAAGGAGUCAUUUAAAAUUUCAUACUAAAUAAUCAGUGAUUAUACGAAGCUACUUAUGGGUCCAGGUUUUGUCUAUGCAACUUAACUUAGACUUUUCUACUUUUGUUUUCUCCAAGUGACUUUCCCAAAACCUACCAUUUUAUUGUAACACACAAUGUUUGAGGUAUGAGUUGACUUUUCAAUGGAUGAAGCAAACCUAUUGAAUCUACCCAAGAUCGAGGCUUAUUAACUACUCAAUUCCAGUUGCAUUUGUUGGACAUAAAACUUUUAAUUCUUUAGAAGGGUGGCCAUUUACUUCACUCAGACAUGGGUGGUGCUGCCAGAUUGUUUGCUGCCUUUUACAUAGUCACCAGAGAAAGGGCUGAGGAUGGAGCAGGAACUGAAAGAGGCUAAAAGGCUCAGAAAUCUCAGGGCUUCUUUAGGCAUGUUGGCUAAACCCACAGCCUCUGAUGAGCAUAAUGCUUUCCCCAUCAUGUUCUCACAGGUUGGUAUGCCAUCAUGCAUAAUGAGUAGUUACCCGGAAAGGUUAUAUGUGAUGACAUACAGUUAAAGGAGACUCUAAGAGAGGAACGUUGGCUUAUCUGAGCUUUCCAGUCAUAGAAUGCAUUGAUGAAAUAAGAGCAACUAGCUUAUUUUAAAAUGCCCUGUGGAAUCCAUGCUUCAUACCUGUGGGUGUCUCCUCAUCAGUUCUGUUUCUGAAAUCCAUUGCUAAUAAAAGGAAAGUAAAUCUUUUCAUAAAAACUACAAGUCACGAAGGGUUCUCAGGUUCUUCUACACUAAUAGACUAAUAGACACUUCUCUUCAAAUGGUAUUACCCAUCUCUCUCAUCUUAUUUGCAAAUGGGAAGAAGAUACCAACCCAAAUUGAUUCUGUGUUUAUCACUCAUCUAGCCAUCUAGAACAGCUGUGCUUUGUCUUAUUUCCACUAUACCCUUUGGGCAGCUCCAAGUGGGGUAUCUCAUGUGAAAUCGGAUGUAUACGUGGUCUUAGAAAUCUAUGAAAACCAUUUAAACUAUGGCAUUCUAAUUUGUUCUAAUAUUUACUGUAUUUUACGGAUAAAAAUAAUAAGCCUUACUUUAUAUCUCAAACUUCAGCCUUAAAAAUGGUCUUCUAUUUGUUAUGCAGUUGAAGGAAAUCAAAUUAGUUUUGCAGUUUUCCCAUGAGUCUCUCAAAUAAGACCAGAUGCAAAUGAGUUCACUAUAGCAGACCCUCCACAAGGAUCUUCUCCAAGUAUUUUUUUACUAUGUAAAGGACAAAUUACCAAAUUCCACAUUAUCAUUAAAAACUAGACCAUCUUUCUGAAGUUUGGGAAACCAGGGUUGCUCUUGGCAAUGGCAAAGAUUAAAUAUGCAGAUAUGUUUUAGAAAUUCUCUCUUUAAAUUGACAGAUGAAAUGGUCUCUUCUUAUCUACGAAUGAACAUUUUUUAUUAAAAUUUUUAAGCUGUCUUAGGUUUUGAGGGGACGUGUUCUCAAUAUCUCUUUUUUAUUAUGAAGAAAGUAAGUUUCGUAGAUAUACAGAGAAGUAGUUAUAGCAGUUAAGUCAACACUGCUCAGACUAGCUUUCUUUAUGGAAAGUAUUGAAGCUCCAAUGUGUACUUAUUAAGAGGGCACCAUUAUAUUUUUUCUUAUCUGUUUGCAGAGUCAGUCCAUCCAGUUCCUGCUCUUAAGCUUGACAAGAGUCACAUACAGAACCUCAUCUCUUUAUAAAAGCUUUGAUUGAUAAUAUGCUGUGAAGGAUGUCUUCCAAGCGACCAGCCUCUCCGUAUGGGGAAGCAGAUGGAGAGGUAGCCAUGGUGACAAGCAGACAGAAAGUGGAAGAAGAGGAGAGUGACGGGCUCCCAGCCUUUCACCUUCCCUUGCAUGUGAGUUUUCCCAACAAGCCUCACUCUGAGGAAUUUCAGCCAGUUUCUCUGCUGACGCAAGAGACUUGUGGCCAUAGGACUCCCACUUCUCAGCACAAUACAAUGGAAGUUGAUGGCAAUAAAGUUAUGUCUUCAUUUGCCCCACACAACUCAUCUACCUCACCUCAGAAGGCAGAAGAAGGUGGGCGACAGAGUGGCGAGUCCUUGUCUAGUACGGCCCUGGGAACUCCUGAACGGCGCAAGGGCAGUUUAGCUGAUGUUGUUGACACCUUGAAGCAGAGGAAAAUGGAAGAGCUCAUCAAAAACGAGCCGGAAGAAACCCCCAGUAUUGAAAAGCUACUCUCAAAGGACUGGAAAGACAAGCUUCUUGCAAUGGGAUCGGGGAACUUUGGCGAAAUAAAAGGGACUCCCGAGAGCUUAGCUGAGAAAGAAAGGCAACUCAUGGGCAUGAUCAACCAGCUGACCAGCCUACGAGAGCAGCUGUUGGCUGCCCACGAUGAGCAGAAGAAACUAGCUGCCUCUCAGAUUGAGAAACAGCGUCAGCAAAUGGAGCUGGCCAAGCAGCAACAAGAACAGAUUGCAAGACAACAGCAGCAGCUUCUGCAGCAACAACACAAAAUCAAUUUGCUCCAGCAACAGAUCCAGCAGGUUCAAGGUCAGCUGCCGCCAUUAAUGAUUCCCGUAUUCCCUCCUGAUCAACGGACACUGGCUGCAGCUGCCCAGCAAGGAUUCCUCCUCCCUCCAGGCUUCAGCUAUAAGGCUGGAUGUAGUGACCCUUACCCUGUUCAGCUGAUCCCAACUACCAUGGCAGCUGCUGCCGCAGCAACACCAGGCUUAGGCCCACUCCAACUGCAGCAGUUAUAUGCUGCCCAGCUAGCUGCAAUGCAGGUAUCUCCAGGAGGGAAGCUGCCAGGCAUACCCCAAGGCAACCUUGGUGCUGCUGUAUCUCCUACCAGCAUUCACACAGACAAGAGCACAAACAGCCCACCACCCAAAAGCAAGGAUGAAGUGGCACAGCCACUGAACCUAUCAGCUAAACCCAAGACCUCUGAUGGCAAAUCACCCACAUCACCCACCUCUCCCCAUAUGCCAGCUCUGAGAAUAAACAGUGGGGCAGGCCCCCUCAAAGCCUCUGUCCCAGCAGCGUUAGCUAGCCCUUCAGCCAGAGUUAGCACAAUAGGUUACUUAAAUGACCAUGAUGCUGUCACCAAGGCAAUCCAAGAAGCUCGGCAAAUGAAGGAGCAACUUCGACGGGAACAACAGGUGCUUGAUGGGAAGGUGGCUGUUGUGAACAGUCUGGGUCUCAAUAACUGCCGGACAGAAAAGGAAAAAACAACACUGGAGAGUCUGACUCAGCAACUGGCAGUUAAACAGAAUGAAGAAGGAAAAUUUAGCCAUGCAAUGAUGGAUUUCAAUCUGAGUGGAGAUUCUGAUGGAAGUGCUGGAGUUUCAGAGUCAAGAAUUUAUAGGGAAUCCAGAGGGCGUGGCAGCAAUGAACCGCACAUAAAGCGUCCAAUGAACGCCUUCAUGGUGUGGGCUAAAGAUGAACGGAGAAAGAUCCUUCAAGCCUUUCCUGACAUGCACAACUCCAACAUCAGCAAGAUAUUGGGAUCUCGCUGGAAAGCUAUGACAAACCUAGAGAAACAGCCAUAUUAUGAGGAGCAAGCCCGUCUCAGCAAGCAGCACCUGGAGAAGUACCCUGAUUAUAAGUACAAGCCCAGGCCAAAGCGCACCUGCCUCGUGGAUGGCAAAAAGCUGCGCAUUGGUGAAUACAAGGCAAUCAUGCGCAACAGGCGGCAGGAAAUGCGGCAGUACUUCAAUGUUGGGCAACAAGCACAGAUCCCCAUUGCCACUGCCGGUGUUGUGUACCCGGGAGCCAUCGCCAUGGCUGGAAUGCCCUCCCCUCACCUGCCCUCGGAGCACUCAAGCGUGUCUAGCAGCCCAGAGCCUGGGAUGCCUGUUAUCCAGAGCACUUAUGGUGUGAAAGGAGAGGAGCCACAUAUCAAAGAAGAGAUACAGGCCGAGGACAUCAAUGGAGAAAUUUAUGAUGAGUACGACGAGGAAGAGGAUGAUCCAGAUGUAGAUUAUGGGAGUGACAGUGAAAACCAUAUUGCAGGACAAGCCAACUGAUAAGGGUCAAAAGAUUGUUGUGACCUUAGGACUUAAAGAAGCCCUAACUGGUUCAUCCUUACCAGUGGCCAAGCACAUUAACUUUCUCAUACACUGACUGUUACUUUAACUGUUAGUCUUAAAUAGUUGGGACAUCAGCUGACUAAUAGACCUCAGCCUCAAAAGGCUUGGAAAGAAAAAAAAAUACAACAAGCAAACAACAAUAUCAACAACAAGAGAUUGAAAUAAGCUAUGGGUAAAAUAAUGCCAGUAAUUCAGCUGCUACAUCCAAGCACUGAAGUCUUACCCGUCAACUUUUUUUUUUUUUUAAAUAAACUUUAUGGCUGUUUGUUCUACAAUGUUCUAGAAAUUCUCACUCAGGUACACAGUGCCAACAAGUGGCUUGUGAAUGUGUUUUGUUGUUUUGUGCUACAAUUUUUAAAAAGAAAUAAGUUUUGUUUUGUUUUUUGGGGUUUCUGGGUUUUUUCCUUUUCUUUUUCUUUCCUUUCAUUUUUUUUUCUUUGUAAUGCACCUGACAGAAAAAAAAGAAAAAUGAAUUUCUCUUUACUUCUCUCCACCUUCUCCAUCUCUAUACUUUAAAGAUGGAAGUCUGUGCAUGAGGGGGAAGAGGGAAAAAGAGCCUGUUUUUAACUUCCUUGCUAUCCACCACAAAAUAAGCAAUUAUUUUCUUUAGAGGACUUUCUUUAUCUAUUGCACACCACACUACAUCUUUGAGCAAGUGCCAAAUUUGUACUGAAGUGUUGACCAAGUUCAUUUUUUCCCUUUACUUUUUCCUGUUCCUUCUUAAGUUAGGACAGUGUUAAAUCUUAGACAAUCCCUGAAAAACCUGAAAUACCAGCAGCUGGUGAGAUUUGACUUUUUUUUUAAUGGAAACUGUAGGUGCUGUUCUCAGGUGAAAAGAGAGAGAGAGACAUAAGAAAUUUAGAGAAAAAUAUUUUCUGAUCUUGGAUUUUUGUGUGUAUGUAUGUGUGUGAUUAUGGUACUAAUAGGAAUAACGUUGGACCAUUGUGAGUUAAACCCACAUCUGGGGAUGAAAUCCCACAUCCUCCCAAGUGACUGGUCUAGAAAUAAUCUUGACCUUGACUUUGCACUUCAAAUGACAACUUAACCAAGUAUAGGGCUCAGAAAUUAUAUUUUUAAAUGUCUAAUAUGAUGAUUAUUGGAUGGAUCAGGUGGCCCUGUGUAAUAGAGGUGUGCAUGUAUAACAUGGAAGCUACUAGCAAACUGCUCCCAGAUGUCCUUUCUCCCUGGUCAGUUGGUUCCAUUAACGUUUGCUACUUAGUGAUUUUUGUUUUUCCUGUUGAUAUUUCGAGCAAAACAAUCAUUGUUUUCAUUGAAUAUAUUUGGCCAUUUUUCAGACAAAUAGAAUUAGCUUAUUUCUUCAACAUUCCAUCCUUUCCCGAUCAGGAAAUGAAACUGAUGAUUUUACAAGGUAUUUUUCACCCCUCCAUGAAACGAGGUGGAGGCCUUUAGCAUUUCAGAAGUGUGGGCCAUGUGUAGUUCAUGCCAUAAAAAGUAGGAUUUAAUUAAAAGUCAUUGCAGUCCAACAAAAUGGAGCCUGGCUGCACCCAGGGAUUCUUGUCACUGCUCUUCCCUUGCUGUCAGAUGAAUCCACUGAAGUCCAACUUUGGUUCGAGCAGAGUAUUUGCGAAGAGCAACAACUGAAUGUGAUGGGACUGCUUAUGUAGAUUUUGCCAGCCAAAUGCCAAGGCAGUUGUAGGGCCUGUACAAAUAAAUGCAAAAUCAUUUCAAGUCAAUUGCCAUUAUUUGUACUGAAGUAUCAGAUAGUAAAUACUGCAACUAGUAGCUCGAUGUGCUAUAGUUUUCACUCCAGUCAUCAUUUUCCUAUCUCACCCCCCGAAACACCACCCUAAAGUUGGAUUUUUACAUAUAAAUAAUGAAAAAAAAGAAUCCCUUUCAUUUUUCUCUCUCUCAGAAGACUUGCUCUGGGGUUUUGCUUGGAGGAGCUGAUCAUAGCCUGCAUGUCAGAGCUUUCAUUUUGUUUGUUUUUCUGUUUGUUUUUGAUGACUUUAUUUUCAUUUGAACUGCCUCUUUUUGCUAGUGUUGUAAUAAUGAUGAUGAUGAUAAAAUAAUAAUAAUAAUAGUAAUAAUAAUAAUAAUGGUCAGCUGUUCCCAGAUUAGUAAGUUAUGUAUAAUUUAUUUUAUUUCUCCCUUUCUAUUUUAUUCUGCUCUGAUUUGGAAGUGCAGCCAAUAAGCUGUUAGAUAUUUAAAACAAAUUUCCAUCUCCAACUCAUAUAUGUAUGUAUAUGUAUAUAUAUACAUAUAUAUAUACACACACACACACAUUUACCCACAAUUUUACUUCUCCUUCCAUAAGUUUUCUCCUUUUUAAGAAUUUUGGCCCCAACAAUAUCAGUUCUGAUGUUUAAAACAAAGGAGUGAAUUAAUAGGAGGGUCGUGUUCAAUCUUAAUUAACUUAUGCUCUCAUCACUCAUUUUAGUUAUUUAAUUGCCACAGUCAUCUAGAGCCAAUUUUUUUUUUGUUUCUGUUUGUUUUGUUUUCAAGCACUCUGGAUAAGGAAAAAAUAGACACUUGUUUUUAUAUCAUUUUUAUGUACAAUGUGAAAACAGAUUUUUAAAAAAUUUGUUCUCUGUCUUUGUUAACAAAUUCCUUCUGAUUUAUGUGGGUUCACCUCUCACGUUUGCUGGAUACUUACUUUACACCAUGUUAUAAAAGAUGCUUUGUUUUCAUUUCAUGACUUUGGGCUACAAGAAUACUUUGUUUUAGCUCCAGGUAGAUGCCAUUGAAGGCAUUCGUGGCUGAAACCAAUUCUAACACACUUACCAGUGAAUUGACAACACGUUGGUGUUUAGUCUUUUUUUGUUGUUGUUUUAUUUUGUUUUAUUUGAAGGGGAAAACAAAAUUGUUAAUGGUGACUUUUAACUGCUGAAAUUCAAAAGUUGAUUUUAGUUAGGUUUAUGUCCGAGACUAAACUGUGCAUGAACUGAAACAAAAAGCAAGUUCAUAGCCCUGCAUUCUGUUCUCUUGUUCUGACGGUUAAUUCACUGGAUAUCAAAUUUUCUUUGCCCUAGUUUUCCCCAAAGGAAAACAAAAGCAAAAAUAGUUAUAUCAAUAUUGAAAGUGCUUUGAAGUCACUUGAUAAAAGGUGCUAUGAAUAGCAACUUACUGUGUUACUACAUUGCCUUUUUGGCAUUGGUUGAUUUAUAAUUUUGGUAAAGGAUCCUAAAACCCUGUAUUCUUUUUCUGUGCCUCAUAAUGACCAAAAAAGAUAAAGAAAAUGAGAGUAAGAUCAAAAGAUCAAACUAAAACAUAAACAGUCUCCCUCCUCUCUGCUUUCUUAUCUGUCUGUUCACACUUUAUCUCUUUUCCUUUCUCCCUUUCUCACAUGCACACACACACACACACACACACACACACACACACCACACUUGCCCCGACACUGAGAAAUAAUCUUGCCAGAAUUCUGGUUUUUAAUGUUGUUGUAGUCAGUUUCUCUAAAAAUAGUCCUGUUUUCAUAUGAAUCUAAGACAACAUCACUGGAGAAAAUGAAGUUACUUAUUUAUAGUUACUAAUAAUAACUUAGUGAUUAAGUUACUACAAUUGGAUAAAAUACAAAACUAUUCUUCAGUACAUUUAUACCUAAAUUACUGAAGUCCAUUUUUAAAGUUCAUUUGGCAUCUGCAGUUAAGAGUUAACCAUGUAUAAAAUCCCUCCCAAAGAACAUAAUCAUCAUUGUUAAAACCAAAUCCUCUUAUAAAGAACAAAUAUAAAAAAAAAAAAGUUUUCUUUGGUGAAGCUAUUUUAUAGAUUUGAUUUCUGGAGUAGAAUUUUACCUUAAUUCAUCUAAAGAAAAUUAACCAUUUUUUGGUCCAACUUCAGAUAUUUUCUUAAUCCAGAAGCUGUGACUGUUCCCAGAAGAAACCUCUUAUAUCACAUUUAAAACAAAAAAUAAUUACACUUUCAUUCAUUCUAAUGGGUAAAUUAUUGAAUUGUAAUAAACAACUGUAUAUUUACAAACAGGUUUAUAAGAUAUUUGUCUAUCAACUUAAUAGUAAAAUAAAACUUAUGGGGUCCACAAGGAAAACUAUGAAGGCCACUUAAAGUGGUUCAGGUAUCUCUUUGUCUUGUAGGGCAUAGCUGUUGGUUUAGCCAGGCUUUUACAGUAUUUAAUUUUAAAGUUUCCUAUAACUAUCAACUUCCCAGGUUGAAGAUGAUGUGUUGAGUUUCCUACUGAUUGAUUCCUGUCCUCCCCAGUGUUUCUGUCACUGGUUCACUAAAACAGUAUUUAUAUAGCUCCACUGGCUCUAAAGCUUUUAGUCCUUCUAACAUUUUGGAUUUUACAAGUAAAAAUGGAAAAAAAAAAAAAAUAGAAAAGAGACAAUCAAAUGCCUGGAGCUUAAAACAAAGUAUGUGCAACCUACCAUCUCACUUGAAAUUUAAUGAAAUAAAUAAUUAUGUAAAUAUAACAUAGAGUUAUAGAUUUAUAUUUUGUUCAUAACACAUAGUGUAAUAUAAGUUGUAUAUUUUCAUGUUUUUGGUUUUAUGUUAUCAUUCAUGCCACAAUAAAAAUAAAACAGGAGUUUAUGUGCUCUUAAAAAAAGAUGUGGGUUGCCACCAACCUGUUUUUUGUUUUUGUUUUUUGUUUAUUUUAUUUUAUUUUUUUGCAUUCUCCUUUUUCAGUAUUACUGCCAUGCAAGGCACCAAUAAAAACAGCAAAUGUGUUCUUUACCUAUUAUACUGUGUUUCUUUUCACAAUUAUUGUUAUGAGGGUGUAAUUAUUAGUUUUAUUAUGAAAAGAACGAAAGUAUGGAAAUUUAAUCUUGUUUUUGAUAUAAAUAAUCCCUCUUAUUGAAGUUGACUUUGAGAACUAAAGGUUUAAUUUUUAGCUGUGGAUAUUCCCGGAAAGACAGUCAGGACUUGAUAUAAUGCGUUUCACUCAGACAGAUCUAGCUUCACCAUACUGUCAAAAGAUACUGUUCUUAUAUGUAAUUGAUUCAACACAAUUGAAAACCCGACAGUCGAAAGCACCUUUAAUAUUGUUGUUUUCCCUGGCUGGACACUAUCCUUGGGUGGGGGAUGGGGGAUUUCUACGCUUUAGAAUUGUGCUUUAUCCUUUUGUUUGUAUAGAAGAUUUAUAAAUUUCAGAUCAUGAAAUUACUAAGAACUAUAAAUAAUUUUCACCUCGCUGGUAUCUAAUUUUGAAUAAUGGAUAUUUCUGAAUUGUUUAACAUUAGCCUCUGAGUUCUACCUUAAACUUUUUUAGUGAAUGUUAAAAACAAGAAGUCUCCUUUCCUUUCAAUGGCCAUUUUUGCUUGUCUCUUCCACCAUAAUAUGUUUUUCUACCUUGAUAGUUCUCUAUGUAAUAGUUUCAUAUAAGGGUGUUUGGUUGGUUGGUUGGUUGGGUGGGUGGGUGGGUGGGUUUUUUAAAUAGGUAUCAAGACAAUGGGUCAGGUAACAUUUGGUUCAAAUGAAUACAAGUAUAUAAAAGGGUUUAUUCUAGAAACACUGCCCACUGUGUCCCUUAACAGGAGUAUUUUACAAAAUCUGGUCCACAGACCACCUACUUCAAAAUUAACAGUGAAAAAUGUAGAUUCCUGGGCCCAACCCCAGAUGUAGUGAAUCAGAAUCUCUGGGGAUAGAACAAAGCUUUUGCUAUUUAACAGCUCUAAAUAAUUCUGCAUACUCUUAUGUUCCAAAACAAUCGGGAGGUGGGGGUAUUUUUCUCUUCCUCUGCCUACCUUUUCUUUGCAUGUCAAAUUCUGCAGCUCCUAUUACCUACCAUACUUUCUCUUUAGGCCUCUGAGAAAACCUUGAAACAGGGUCAGUAAGUAGGCAAGGGUUUGAGGUUUUAAGGAGCUCCCAAUCCCUCUAUUGUUUGGAGGACAUGUGGUCCAUCAGAACCACAUUGCCACUCCUUGUUUCCCUGUCUUGUGUUGCCCAUCAUGGCAAAGCAGUAGACUUCAGAGACUCCAGGCAAGUGGAACACUACAAAUAUAACAAACAUAGAAAACUACAACCCACUGAAUAUUUGCAAAACAAAUUGAGGUUCUUUGAAAGGAAACUAUCCAUUGUAGGAGUUGAGCAGUAAACAUUCUGUACAGUGUUUAUAAUGGACCACCUAUCGCUACAUUGGUCAUGGUCUCACCCUAUGUUUCUUCAGGAAAUAACAUUACCAGGAUAUGCUAAGUAUUGUGUGGAUGGGGAAAAUCUUGCUUGUUUAGGAAACUUGGCUCACCAAGGUGGAAAGCCCCAACCACCACCCUCUUUCUUCUACCAAAUAAAGUUUACUUGGAAACUUUC